UUUCCAGCUUUCUUUUUUUAUUUUGUUUUUCUCAGGAGCAGAGAGACGAAGAAAGAAAAAUUAAAAUUAAAAAUUAAAAAAACAAUUGAAAAAGUAAAUAAAUCAAUUCUCUUCCCUUUCUUUUCUCCCUCGCUCGACAUUGGAUUGAUUGAAUUGGGGUUGAUAGCUUGGAUUAAAAAUCACAAAGUGUUGGAGGAGGAAGAGGAGAUUGAAUCUUCGAGUGGUGGUGGUGUCCAAUGGCAAUGGCGUCGGGUCUCCUCCGCCUUGUGUUUCUGUUAUCUCUGAUUGCUCUUUCUUGCCGUGGUGAAAAGGACAUGGUUUUGGAUGUGGAUUCCACCCCCGACACUCCUUCCUGCAGCAACCCUUACCUAAUGGCAAAGGUUAAGAAUUGGGUUAAUGGCCAUGAAGGAGAAACUAUUGAAGGGGCAGGUGCAAAGUUUGGGGCUUUAUUGCCUUCCAAAGAAGAAAAAGCCGUCAAAUUGCCCGUUGUUAUCUCGAAUCCCUUAAAUGGUUGUUCAGCGUCAUCUUCGAAGUUAUCUGGAGCUAUUGCCUUGUCCACUCGUGGUGAUUGUGACUUCUCCAUAAAGGCAGAAGUUGCACAGUCAGGAGGUGCUAAGGCGCUCGUGGUGAUAAAUAAUGAAGAAGAUCUUGCCAAGAUGGCUUGUCCUGAUAAUAGCACUUCUUUGAAUAUUUCAAUUUUUGUCGUAAUGGUUCCGAAGUCAGAUGGAGAAGCUCUCAAGAAAUCUAUUGAAGAUGGAAAGAAAGUGGAGCUUCUAUUAUAUUCUCCCAAGCGUCCAGUGGUGGACUACUCAGUUGUGUUCCUGUGGCUGAUGGCUGUUGGAACAAUAAUAGUUGCCUCAUUUUGGUCAAAGAUUACUGCUCCUGAGAAGUCUGAUGAGAAUUAUAAUGAACUAGCAGAAAAGGAAUCUAAUGCUGGAACAGCCAAAGAUGAUUCUGAGGACGAAGUCAUGAAUCUUAGUGUGGCAGGCGCUGUGUGUUUCGUCAUAACAGCAUCCACUUUUCUGUUGCUACUAUAUUUCUUUAUGUCUACUUGGUUUAUCUGGGUGCUGAUUGUACUUUUCUGCAUUGGUGGUAUUGAGGGAAUGCAUAAUUGUGUUCUGAGCCUGAUUUUGAGAAAAUGGAGAAGUGGUGGACAGAAGACGAUAACUUUGCCUCUUCUGGAUGAGGUUUCUAUUCUCUCGCUUGUUGUAUUGGCUUUCUGUGCGGCAUUUGCAGUUUUCUGGGUUGUUACCCGGCGGGCAUCAUAUUCAUGGAUUGGCCAAGAUGUUCUUGGUAUCUGCUUGAUGAUAACGGUCUUGCAAAUUGCUCGAUUGCCUAAUAUAAAGGUUGCUACCGUACUACUUUGUUGUGCAUUUGUCUAUGAUAUCUUUUGGGUAUUCCUGUCACCCUUAAUAUUCAAAGAUAGUGUCAUGGUUACGGUUGCUAAGGGUGACAGCAGUGGUGAAGCCCUACCAAUGCUUUUGAGAAUCCCUCGCUUUUUUGACCCCUGGGGUGGUGUGAAUAUGAUUGGCUUCGGGGACGUUCUGUUUCCUGGUUUGCUUAUUGUAUUUACUUACAGGUUUGACAAAGAAAAUAAGAAGAGUGCGUUUAACGGAUAUUUUCCGUGGUUGUUAAUUGGCUAUGGAAUUGGACUCGGUCUUACUUACCUGGGUUUGUAUCUCAUGAAUGGCAACGGUCAGCCUGCACUCCUAUAUCUUGUUCCAUGUACACUAGGUGUUACAGUGAUUUUGGGACUGAUAAGGCACGAGCUGAAACAACUCUGGGAUUACGGCGCAGAGGUAUCUCCAUCGAGCGUUGAACCAUCCGUAGACGCCAGUAGAUCGGUCUGAAGGCCCCGUUUGUAUGUACAUUAUUGGAGAUGAUGCUCGUCUUCUCCAUAAAAGCUUAUGGUAUAAGAGGUUCAUUUGUUUAUUUUGUACAAGAAUUAUGCUCAACUCAAAUGCAUUCAUGUAUAUAUUAUCUAAGAGUUCAUAGUAAAACUCAAAAAUAUAUUUUA